AUACGCGAGAUCUUUCCAACUGCUAAGCUGGUGUUCAGUGGAAUUCUUCCUCGGCAGGACAGUGAAAGUUUGGAUGCCUCACGUGUGAGCCAUAACAUUCACUUGGGGAAUGUUUGUGGGCAGCUUGGUUGUCAUUUCUUUGACAGUAGCGACAAGUUUCAAGAUUGGCAUUUUGCCAGAGAUGGCCUUCACUUGAAUUGGGAUGGGAAUUCCCUACUUGGUGCGGUGGUUGAGGGCCAUCUAGAGAGAUAUGCCAGGAUGCUUUCACCAAUUUCUGGAAAAAGCUCCUGCAACGACACAAGACGGUUUGUGCCUCCAGAGCUGCGCAGGUUGGUACGGAGACCAAUGCGGGUGAAGAAGCCCAAGUCAACUCCAGCAGAAACAACCAAAUUGCGUCCCUCUAUGCUUCCUCCUCCCAAGGACAUUGGUUGUGCAAGCCAACCAAGACGAAUGAAGAUGCCGUCUGUUUCGUCGGUAAAGAAGAGGAUGAGGCGGAUCAGCAUUAAUGUCCAGGGUGAGGAUUUCAAGAUACAUGGGCUAGCUCCAUUUAAGCCGAAAUCUACCCCUGCUGACAAGCCGGACAGUGCAAUGGCACAUAUUGCAUACUCUCAAGUGCAUGGUCCGACACAUUGCUCCAGGGAAUUCGGGAAUGGCGUUUCCUUGCCAAAACCAAAUUCUCCCUAUGUUGCAUCCCGGAGGCAAGCCAAGAGGAGACACUUGGUGCAGAAACGUACGAAGAAGAGAAGACGACGGCGAAAGCGCAAGCUUGGAUCUCAGCUGUUGGAGAUAACCACAUGUGUACAAUACAGCUGGCAACUGGCAGCUUUCAAACAGCUGCCCCUCCCAUCAGAGCAACCUGCCCCAGGAACUGCUGUCCAGCCAGGAUGGCAGUCUACCGGUGAUGCAGCCGAAGAGCCGUCCCCCCCAUCACAGCAACGGCAGCAACCUGCCCCAGGAACUGCUGUCCAGCCAGGAUGGCAGUCUACCGGUGAUGCAGCCGAAGAGCCGUCCCCCUCAUCACAGCAACCUGCCCCAGGAACUGCAGGCACAGCAUCUGGUAUUUAUUUUUGCAGAUUUUGUACAUGUAAAUGCAAACCUUUGCAGGGGUGAAAAAUGUGAA